AUGGGACCAAAGAAACAGUCGAAUAAGAAGGGAACCAACACUACCGCUACAAAGGGAUUCGUGAUUGAGGAACCAGAGGAAUUCACUCAAUUGCAAAGAGAGAAGGAACAAAGAGCACAACAAUUGGCUCAGCAAGAGCAAGAUCGUAAGACAAAGAAGGAGAAAGAGAGAUUGGCUGUCGAGGAGCAAAAGAAGCAGGAACUGGCUGCCCAAGAGGAGAUGCAGAGAUUGGCAGAGGAGCAAAAGCUAAAGGAACAACAAGAGAAGGAGAAGAAACAAGCCGAUGAAGUCGCUGCCCUUGAGAAUCUAAAGUUGGAGGAGGAAGAGAAGAAGAAGAGCAACAAUGCUUCUGACAGCAGCAACAUUCCAAUCAUACAGGAACACGCUGUCGUUGUCAACUUUGUAGAUAACUUGCACGUAAGUGACUCUGCUGAAGUGACACCAGUCAACUUGAUAUCGCCAAAGCCAGUUGCUUCCCCAGCAACCGAAUCAAAGCGUGCCAAAACCAAGGAGCAACAACAACAACAGCAACAAAAGAAGAGAAAACACUCAACACAAUUGACAACAUUCGAGAUUGUCGAAGCCAACUUUGACAAUUUGUCAUCGGAUUGGACAAAUGAGGAUAUCGUUCGUUUGAGAUCGAAGCUUCAAAAGCCAGCACAAAAGAAGAAGACCAACAAGGGAACAAAGAAGACACCAACUUCAUCACCUGUCAUCACAUCGACUACACCAACCACCUCUGAAACCUCACCUUUGACCUCACCAACAACAACCACCACUACCACUACAACCACCACAACUGCUGCCGCACCAGUUGCUCCAACACCAACACCAUCUCCAGUAACUGAAAAGGCAAAGUCAACAACCACCACCACCACCAAAUCAAAUGAAAAGAAACCAUCCAUUCCAUCACCAAAGAUCGAUUCAAAGACAGCUACAAAGAAACAAGAGGAGACUAAACAAUCACCAAAACAACAACAACAACAACAAAAGAAACCAGAGAAACCAAAGGGAUUCACAAUUAUUGAACCAACAUUUGAUGAUGAACCAACUGUACAAUCAAAUAAUGCUGCAACUACCACCACCACCGAUCAAACAUCAACCACAGCAACCACUGUCACUUCACCAACUAACUCCAGCGCAGGAAAGAAAAAGAAAUCACAAAAGAAACCAGUCGUCAAGAAGGAGGAGAGCGAUAUCGAUUUGAUGUUAAAGGCAAUUAACGAUCCAAAGACAAAGAAGAUUCCAAAGGAAUUGUCACCAGUACAAACACAAAAGCAACCAACCCAAAAGCAAACAACUCCACCAACCGCCAAAUCAGAAAAGAAACAAGCUCAACCUCAGUCAGUUGCUGCUGCUGCUGCUCCACCAGCCCCCUCUGCUGAUGAAAUCAAAAAGAGAGAGGCUGCUGCCGCCGCCGCCGCCGCUCAAGCUGCUGAGCAAAAGAGAUUGGCUGAGGAGGCUCAAAAGAAGGCCGCUGCUCAAGCCGCUGAGGAAUCACAGAAACAAGCUGCUGCUCAAGCCGCUGCCCAAGCUGCCGAGCAAAAGAGAUUGGCUGAGGAGGCUCAAAAGAAGGCUGCUCAAGCUGCUGAGGAGUCACAGAAACAAGCUGCUGCUCAAGCCGCUGCCCAAGCCGCUGAACAAAAGAGAUUGGCUGAGGAGGCUCAAAAGAAGGCCGCUGCAGAUCACGAGGCCGAGGAAGCAAGAAAGAAGGCUGCUGCCCAAGCUUCUGCUGCUGCCGCCGAGCAAGCUGCUGAGCAAAAGAGAUUGGAUGAAGAAGCUGAGAAGAAGAAGGCUCAACAAGAAGCUGAAGAAGCUGAGAAGAAGGCUGCCGCCGCCGCUGCUGCUGCUGCCGCCGAGCAAGUUGCUGAGCAAAAGAGAUUGGCCGAGGAAGCUGAAAAGAAGGCCGCUGCUGCUGCCGCCGAGCAAGCUGCUGAGCAAAAGAGAUUGGAUGAAGAAGCUGAGAAGAAGAAGGCUCAACAAGAAGCUGAGGAGGCUCAAAAGAAGGCUGCCGCCGCCGCUGAGCAAGCUGCAGAACAAAAGAGAUUGGAAGAGGAGGCUCAAAAGAAGGCUCAACAAGAAGCUGAGGAGGCUCAAAAGAAGGCUGCCGCCGCUGCCGAACAAGCUGCCGAGCAAAAGAGAUUGGAAGAAGAAGCUGAGAAGAAGGCCGACGAAGAAGCAGCAGCAAAGCAAGCUGAGGAGCAAAAGAAUGUUUUGGAUCAAGUCACUGAGGAGCCACACCAAAAGCUUUCACAUCCAACCUUGUCAAGACCAACCAAAAAAGGAAAAUCAUCUCUUAAUCUUGCCACCGAGGUACAAGAGGAAACUACCAAAGACACACAAUCACCAACUUCAGAACCAAUUGAAUCAACCGAAUCCAAACCAACAACCACCGAAACCGAAACUGCACCAGCAACCACCGAAACCGAAACCACUUCAACUCCAGCUGAAGAGACAGCUAAAAAACCAGUUGGAGGUAUCAACAUUUUUGGAGAUGCCAAAAUCAACCCAGUCAAUGUUGUCCUUAAGAAGACACCAUCCGCUGUCAACGUUGUACCAGCCGCUCCAAAAGAAGCAUCUGUUACCGAUUUCAGAUCUGUUUUAAAGUCAAAUUCUCAACAAAAUUUGAUGUCAACACCCACCAAAGCUCCAGCACCAGCUCCAGUCACACCAACUCCAGCUCCAGCACCAGCUCCAGCAGUCACCCCAACCCCAGCUGCCGCUCCAGUUGCCGCCAGUGCACCAGCUGGCCAAUACUAUUCCUACGAAGACCUCAAGGCCAAGAGAGUUCCAGAUUUAGUACCAACCAAAUUAGAAACCUAUCUCUCUGAUGAUGAUUUUGCCAAAUACAUGAAAUGCACAAGAGACGAAUUUACCAAACUCCCAGCAUGGAAGCAAACUCAAAAGAAGAAGGAUGCUGGUUUAUAUUAA